AUCAUGUCAGACUCUAUCUCACCCCACAUUCUCUUUUCUUUUAUUCUUAUUUGUUCUGCCUCACUCCUGAGCUCUACCGAUCCCCAUCAAAGCACCCAAAAAGAAAAUGGCCAUGAGUGGAGUCCCUGUGCUAGGAUUUCUCAUCAUGGCUGUCCUGAUGAACCCUCAGGAAUCAUGGGCUAUCAAAGAGGAGCAUGUGAUCAUCCAGGCCGAGUUCUAUCUGGGCCCUGACCAGUCAGGCGAGUUUAUGUUUGACUUUGAUGGCGAUGAGAUUUUCCAUGUGGACAUGGACAAGAGGGAGACGGUCUGGCGGCUUGAGGAAUUUGGGCGAUUUGCCAGCUUUGAGGCUCAGGGUGCACUGGCCAACAUAGCCGUGGACAAAGCCAACCUGGACAUCAUGAUGAAGCGCUCGAACCACACCCCGAACACCAACGUGCCCCCAGAGGUGACUGUGCUCACAAACGCCCCCGUGGAACUGGGAGAGCCCAACGUCCUCAUCUGUUUCAUCGACAAGUUCUCCCCACCGGUGGUUAAGGUGACAUGGCUUCAAAACGGAAAACCUGUCACCACAGGAGUGUCAGAGACAGUCUUCCUGCCCAGGGAAGACCACCUUUUCCGCAAGUUCCACUAUCUGCCCUUCCUGCCCUCAACCGAGGACUUCUACGACUGCAAGAGUUUGACGUGCCAACGCCGCUCCCAGAGACCACGGAGAAUGUGGUGUGUGCCCUGGGCCUGGUCGUGGGCCUGGUGGGCAUCGUCGCUGGCACCGUCCUCAUCGUCAAGGGCGUGCGCAAAGGCAACGCCACAGAGCGCCGCGGCCCUCUGUGAGCACGCCGAGGUGGUGACCUUUCUCAGAGAGAAGACCACUGGAGAAAUUUCUGCUUUAAUAGCUGACAAUAAAAGCUGGUGACACUCCCGUCGCUGACCUCCGUGGAAACAGCCGUCUGCAGCAUUUUCCAGGCUGUGAGCCGCCCGAGUGGUGACACCUUCCCUGACCGCUCCAUGCUCCACGCCCAAUGGGCUUCUCUGUCUGUUGCCCUUUCCUGCAUCUGUUUCCCCUCUAUUUCCCAUCAUUUUAUUGUCACCAUGCAACGCCUCUGGAAUAAACCCCAUAGGAUUCUUUCUCUGCUGUGGAAUGUUCUUAACAUUCCAUGAGGGCAUCUCCUGUGUACUUAUUGCUUUAGGUUUCUUCAAACUGUGAUUUUUUUCUGAAUACAAUAAACUAUUUUUAAGGGUCUUAGAUAGAUUA